AUGCUGUUUGGUGAUGAUAAAGUUUCACAUUUAUAUCCAACACAUGAUAGUCCUGCACAAACAGCUGGAUUACAUGAUCAAUUAUUAUAUGAUGUUAUUCAUGAAGUUUUUCUUCGUCAUAUUCAAUCUUUAAAUUUUAGAGAACAUGGAACUGGACAUUCAUUAGAUUCAGUUAUGAGUGAUGAAGGUUUGAAUAAUAAAAUUGGAAUUGAUACUAAAACUGGUUUCGUUUAUGGAGGAAAUAGAUGGAAUUUUGGAACAUGGAUGGAUAAAAUGGGUUCAAGUGAUAAAGCAAAUAAUAAAGGACAUCCAACUACACCAAGAGAUGGAUCUGUUGUUAAAUUAGUUGGAUUAUCUAGAACUGUUAUUGCUUGUAUUAUUCAAAUGAAUCAAGAAGCACAUUAUCCAUAUGAUUCUGUUGAAACAUCUACUGGAAUUGGUGGAAAAAUGACAUUACUUUUUCCAGAAUGGUUAAAUCAAAUUGAUGAAAAUUUUGAAAAAGAAUUUUGGAUUGAUGAAACAAAUUCAUCAGAAUAUGUUAAUAGAAGACAAAUUUAUAAAGAUACAAUUCAUUCAUCUCUCAGAUGGACUGAUUUUCAAUUAAGACCUAAUUUUAUUAUUGCAGCGGUUAUUGUAAGAAAAUAUGGAAUUAAAACUCUUGAUUCCAGUGAUUAUAAUUGUGUUGGUGGUUAUGUUAAUAAUGAUGAUUCAUAUGAUUAUAAACGAGCACAUAGGUUUAAUUAUCAUAAUGGUCCUGAAUGGUUAUGGUUAACUGGUUAUUAUAUACGAGCAAAGCUUUAUUGGUCAAAACAACAAAAUGAUCAAAAUAUUUUGAAACAAACAAUUAAACAUUGCAAAAAAUUAUUAACACAAUUAAUGGAUUUAUUUUAUUCAAAUGAUUGGAAAGGUUUACCUGAAUUAACAAAUGCUGAUGGAAAUAUAUGUCCAGAUUCAUGUACUGCACAAGCAUGGUCUGCAGCAACUCUUUCAGAAGCCUUCUAUGACCUUCAUUAUUUACAAAUUUAG